AUGUCAAAGGAUCUUUAUCUUGACUCAGUCGCCGUCGUUCUUCUCCUCGCGGCGAUUGGGUCCAUCGUAUACGUCAAUGUAUUCAAACCACACAUCACCGACUCAGGACCCCUGUCAGAAGCCUGGAGCAGGACCAUUACUUUCGGAGUGACGGCUGUAGCAACCGUGUUCACCACCGUUGUCAGUGGCCAAAUACAGCGUUUGAUUCUACGGAGCUUCGAAAAUGAACUGCGAGAUCUUGACGCGCCUUCAAUCAGCUUUGAAUCGCAACAAUCGAAAAUCGAAAGCAUGGAAACUAAGUGGCGAGGUGCUUUGAAGAUCGACAGCCUGGGCGAGAAGCUGAAAUGUCCGAAUCUACGGUACCUUCUUAUUUUCACCAUCUGCGGCCUCAACACUACAUCCAUCGUUACCGCGUUUACACCAUCUGUUGCGACUCGAAAUGUGCAUUAUCAGGCCGUCAUGUCCAGUGGAAUUGUCCCUGAGUACGCAUUCAGUUCGGCUCCCCUCCCAUGCGCUGGGAGAGCUCCUCCCGACACGGUAUCCAGUAGUGAGUCUUAUAGCUGGACAUACGACAACGGAAGUGUAUUUUUCUCCGCAAACAGCCCUGACUGUCCGAUCUCCAAGGUUCUUGACCUCAUUCCAUCGAUCAACACCAUAAACACAUCAGACUACGUUUACCUGGACUCGGGAGCUGCAGUCAAGCGAUCAGCCAUUGGGGCGCCUGUGUCGACACAUAACGGAACCUCGUUUAAUGCCCUGCUGGCCAAAUACGGGAGUUCGCUGGUUCGGACUCGGCAGUGCGUACCGGUUGUAACAUCCAACCCCGUCAAGUGCCGUAAGGGUGGUCGCAUCGAGACUCUCUCCACAAAUGAGGUCGCCCUUGAAAGCGGUGUCGACGGAACUGGGCUAUGGGACCAGGAGCAAUACAACGCGACAUUUUCAUCUCGCAACUUCACACAUGAUAGCGUGAUGGUCAACUAUCAGUGGUUAAAACCAAACACCACGUCAGACGCAGACGGCUUAGACGCUAUCGGACUCUCCCUGCUGGCAUUUGCCGCGUACGACCCCAAUGGAAGCCAGGCCUAUACGGAUGUCCUUGCCGGCGCUAUGAAUGACGAUAAUCCGGAUAGAACAACGGUAGGGGUUUUAGGCUCGAGUUAUGUUGUUACAUGCACUCUGGAUGCGCGGAAAGUAUUUGGCUACCGCAUGGUAACUUUGAAUCUUGACUCGAUUGGAGAUGGCAUUGGCACGAACUUUGCCUACUACCUUGAGGGAGGAGAAGGUUGUAAGCCCGAAAACGACGUUAUCAGCGACGUCUACCUUGCAACCGCUGCUCGUGCCAGCCAGGCCUCCGUUUUGGAAAACAGGGGUGAGAGCGGGUACAUCGCGACAAUCCGGGCAGCCGCCGGCUUCAACCGUGGGCCUCCAUACGCGUUUAACAACAGUGAAAAUGCCCUUGAAGACGUCUUGGGUCUCGCAGUGGGCAUGGCCAUUGCCAACCUACCUCUGGAGGAGAAGGAUAGCCCAACUCGGUCCCUUGCAUCCGCUCAAGCCAUGAGGCUCGGCAGCGGUACGGGUGCCUUCUACCUGCUUUUGAUUCCAUCCCUAUCGAGCCUUGUCAUCUUGGUCGUGCUGUUAGUGCGAAGUAUUCGGGGUGGCUGGGCGCCCAGAGGACAAAUGAACUCCACAUCUGCGGGGUAUUCUACGGAGGAUUCUGCGGGAGGGACGACGCAGAAGUGGACAGACCGAUACGCAGCUGAGAGUAUUUAUCAGUUGAUGACUUUAAGAAGUCACCAACUGCAGUGA